AUGCGACCCUUCCGCGCCUUGCGACUUCCAAGUCGCGCAACUCUACCCUCUCAGCGCCAGAAUGUGUGCCCAGUCUCCCAACUCAAGACAAGCACGAGGACAAUAAACACAACCCAACGACCAAGUCUGCGCCGACCUCUACUCCCAACCAAUGGCCCCAAAACCACUACACGGGCAUUCGGCCUACCCGACCUAUCCUCUUUCCUCCCAAACAGCAACAAUAACAACAGUUCCCCACACCGCGUCCUCACUGCUACCCGCAACCUCUCCUACAACCCAGCCUUACUAUACAAAGUGAUUUCCUCAGUCGAAUCCUACAGCCAAUUCCUCCCCUUCCUCACCGCCUCGACUGUGACAGCCCGGGAUCCGGAAACAGGGUACCCAACACAAGCGUUCCUGACCGUCGGCUACGGCCCGCUCAGCGAGACCUUCACGUCGCGCGUGAUCUGUGACGUAGAGAAGCUGACCGUGGAGGCUAAGAGCGGGGCAAAAUAUGGUAAAGAAGGAUCGGGUGGCCAGGCUAGUAAGAGCUCUUCUUCGUCUGGCCUAAGCGGCUUCUUCCCCGGCGCGAAUGAGGGUCUCUUUGAGUACUUGACUACAAGGUGGGAGUUGGUGCCCCUCACGCCUGGCGCGCAGGGUAGGCCGUUGACGAAGGUCAAUUUGGAGGUACGGUUUGAGUUCCGUUCGCAGAUGCAUGCUACUCUCAUGAGUGCUGUUGAGGGGCAGAUGGCCGGGGUUAUGAUUGAGGCUUUUGAGAAGCGGAUACGGGAGGUUGAGGGUAAAGGGCAGUGA